GAGUCCCAAUCGAGAAAGCUGGCUGUGCAAACAAGCGACCUGGAGAAGGAGUGGCAGCAGACCACUGGCAACUUCGGUGUUGGCAAGCUGGAGUAA